GCUUUGCCUGCGGUUGUGAUGUGAUCUUAAGAACGCAGGCACAUCUCUACAAUACACAUUUACACCAACACGACUCAACGUUGUCGCACUUCCUAUGAACUCCCCUGUGACAAUCAUACCACGGACCUCGAACUCAAAUUAGCGAAAAGGACCCUUGAUACCAGAGGCAGAAUGCCCGGCAUCAUGGAAACACCCGUGAACGAAUAUACACCAAGCUUUGCACCCUUUUUUGGCAUGGCUGGAAUUGCAUCCGCGAUGAUAUUUGGAUGUUUAGGAGCAGCAUAUGGAACGGCAAAAUCAGGAAUUGGCAUUGCUGGUGUCGGUCAAUACCGUCCUGAUCUGGUUAUGAAGUCGUUGAUACCCGUGGUCAUGUCCGGAAUUAUCGCUGUCUAUGCUCUUGUGAUAGCAGUCUUGAUCGCUGGAGACAUGGAACCUCCCCCAGCAAAGCACUACAGUCUCUUCACAGGCUUCAUGCAUCUAGCCAGUGGUCUCAGCGUAGGGUUGGCGGGGUUGGCGGCCGGGUAUGCCAUUGGCAUUGUGGGAGACAUGGGUGUGCGAGCCUACAUGCAGCAAUCCCGGAUUUUCGUGGGUAUGGUGCUCAUUUUGAUUUUUGGCGAGGUGCUUGGACUCUACGGCUUGAUUGUUGGGUUGCUCCUGAACUCGAAGAGUUAAGCCUUGACACUGGGAGGUUGUAUGAGCUUAGCUAGGUUUCUGCGAAAUAUAAAACGGUGUUUGGUGCUUCUAGAGGGAUAACUGGUUGUGGGAGAUCAUGUACUAGUAAUAUCAUAUGCAUGAAUUGAACAUCGCUAUACGCUAUAACACUCG